CAUUCCUCUAUUUAUGAAUAAGACUCAACACAACACAAACACAACACAAGUGAUAAAUUAACCUCACACAAAAAUCAUCAAUACACCAUCAUAUCAUAUCUCUGUAUAGAAAAUAAAAUAUGAUCCCAAUUAAGAAGCCUUCUUCACCAUCACAUAAUAAUAAUAAUAAUAAUAAUCCUAAUCCUCCAUUAUUACCAUUAAUCACACACCCCUCUUCUAUUACCACCAACAUUAUUGUCAUCAACAAUUCAACAACAUUGAUUAAUAGUCAUUGGGAAACCAUGAGAAGAAAACCAGGAACAACCCUUCUCAUUUCUUUACUAUCCAUUCUUUUAUUCUCUCUUUUUACUCUUCAUCUCUCUCGCAACGCCGUUUCAACUUUUCAACACCUUCACCAACAUCACACCAACUUAAACAUACGAGAAAAUCACGUUCUUGUCGUUCUUCACAACAACACAAAAAACAACAACAACAACAACAUCGUCAACGAAUUUUCUCAUCAAUCACGUCAUGUUUCAUCGAUAAACUACAAACACAUUUUCUCAACCGUUUCAGUUUUAUUACCUGAUUGGGAAAUUCUCGUUAUCGUUAAUCCAAACACGGUCUUAUCUGAAUACGAUGAUUUCAACUGUCUUUUCCGAACCGAUGAAAUGACUCCGGCGAGAUUCUCCGGUGUGUUACCUUACACAAACCGUACAACGUUCAAGUGCUAUUUGCCGCAUAAGGUUCGUCGCAAGAGAAUAUUCACGCAACCUAUGUUGGUUACCGGAACUUCGGAGGAAGAUGAAACACAAAAUCAAUCUCCGGCGCCGGAGUUAAUAAGAUGGAACUUCAUGGUUUACGAAUCUUUUUCGACGGAAAACGACGUUGUUUUGUUUGCUAAAGGUGUGAAUCAUCGACAAGGCUACGAUAGACCUCCGACGGAACUUAACUGUGUUUUUCAAAUCGGCGACGGAAUUCGAACCGCCGUAACAAGCUCCGUUCAAGAGGUUUUCCGAUGUCCGCAUCCAGAUCCGUUUGAUUUGGAUUCGAAUUCCAGAAUUGGAGUUUCCCUCGAAAUUAUUGCAGAAAACAUCGUGGUUCCGUCCGUAGCGUAUUACACACCCAGGCCCAAUUUUAAGCCCAAACCAAAUUAUGUAGCUGUUCAUGAGUUUGGGCCUGAGGUCCAUUUAUUGGCCCAGCCCAAAUAUUUUCUAUGUGCAUGUACUAUGGUUUAUAAUGUGGCAAAAUUCUUGAGGGAAUGGGUUUUGUAUCAUUCAAAAGUUGGUGUUGAAAAUUUUAUAUUGUAUGAUAAUGGAAGUAAUGAUGAUUUAGAAGGAAUAAUUAAGGAGCUUAAUGAAGAGGGUUAUAACAUAACCACAUUGUUUUGGAUUUGGCCUAAGACUCAAGAAGCUGGAUUUUCUCAUAGUAUUCUUUACUCAAAAUCAAUGAAUUUAUGCACUUGGACUAUGUAUGUAGAUGUUGAUGAAUUCAUGUAUUCACCUUCUUGGGGUAAUAUUGGAAAUGAAAAUUUUCAUAGUAAAAAUGAUUUACCUUCAUUGAAGUCAAUGUUACCGCGGGAACAUGGUAAAAAUGAGCAUGGAAUAAAGGGUAAAAUUGGUCAAGUGUCAAUGAGAUGUUUGGAAUUUGGUCCAUCUGGUCAACGACAACAUCCGAUAGAAGGUGUAACACAAGGUUACACGUGUCGGAGGAAAUUUGAACAAAGACAUAAAUCAAUUGUGUUGAUUGAAGCAGUUGAUAGAAGUUUAUGGAAUGUUAUACAUCAUUUUAUGGUGAAUGAGAAAGAUGGGUUUAGAGCAAUGCAACUUAGUCCGGAAGAAGGUUUAGUGAAUCAUUAUAAGUAUCAAGCAUGGGAUGAGUUUAAGGGCAAGUUUAGGAGAAGAGUUUCUGCUUAUGUUGUGGAUUGGAGACAAAAUGAGAAUCCACAUUCUAAGGAUAGAACUCCUGGGUUGGGAUUUGAAGCUGUUGAACCUAAUGAUUGGACACAAAGGUUUUGUGAAGUUAGAGAUCAAAGGUUGAAAUUGUUGACACGUAAAUGGUUUGGAUCGUUUACACAAAAUGGAUUUAGCAUGGCUUGGCAAACAAGUUGAGCAUUUUUUUUCAUUUGAUUGAUUAUUCUUAAUUGAUUUUUAGUUUAGAAGGGACAGAUUAAACAUGGAUCAAUACAAUACGUAGUAGUAGUACAUAGGAAAAGUUGAAAAAUUACUAUAGUGGGGUUGGAUUGUUUUGGCUGGAUUCAUUAUAGUGAUCUCUUACUUUUUGUUUUUCUAUUCCACUUUUUUUGUGCCCGGAAUAGAAUUUAUAUUUCAUUCUUCAUUAAUGAAAUUCACCCCUCUCUACAGUUUGCUUGAUCCGUUUACUCUUAAUUUCAAGUUAAGUUUG